UAACGUUAUCCUCCACAAAUCAAAGUUCUCGAUCGAUCGCUCAAAAUCGACAGGCAUGUCGUCUUCGUGGGGCUGGAACAGUGGCCGAUCAUUCAGCGGCAGCAGCUACUCGAACCCUUCCGCUGACACGUACGGGUCCGGAGGACAGCAGCAGCAGUAUGACGCCGCCGCCGGCAAGACGUCGGUGAAGCGUCAGACGCCUGCGCCGCCGUCGCGCCUGAAGAAAACCAGCAGCAAGAACGACGACGGCCUCGCCGUCGUCGGCUACGCAGCAUCGGGCGGCGGCGGCGGCGGCUACGGCACCACCGCCAACCAAAACGGCACCAAGUACGGUGCUGCCGGCUACGGCGGCUACACCAACGGAGGCGGCUACACCAACGCCGGUAGCGUCACCCUCUACGGCGUCGGCACGCCCUACUAUGGCAACAUCAACGGCGGCGCUGCCGGCGGAGGAUACACCGGAGGUCGUCCAGGAGCGGCCGUGCCGGCAGGCUACUGGGCUCCGCAGGACGGCGGGCGGUCGCCCGGCGGCCUGUACAUCAGCACUAAAGAGGUCCACGUCCACGGAGUGCCACACGGGACGUACGACGGAGAGCAGAGGCGGCGCAGCGGUGGUUUCUUCCGCCCGGCGUUCGAGGCCGUCGGCCAUUUCUUCGACAAAAGGUUCGGCUUCCACAGCAGCGACUAAUUAAUCCACGACGACGACGAGCUACCACGCGUGUAACGUACAAAACCUGUACUAUACUACGUACGUACGCACACACGUACCUAUGAUUGUAUGCGCACGACCGUAUUUACGUGCGUAUACCUAAUUCCUGUUCGUCUCUAAUAAGCUACUAUUUGUAUGCGUCGAGUACGGCCGUUGUGUGUAUAUUUGGAUGUUUAUUUUAUUUUAUUUUCUUAUUUUCUUUUUUUUCCCAGCAGCAGUGCCGGUUUGUUUUUUAACUGAUCUCUGUAUGUAUUCUCAUGCAGUGUGCUGUCUAAUGUGAUGCAUAAAUAUAUAUGUACACGCGCGUGUGCGAUGUUGGA